UUGUGGUUGUCGUCUGUGGUUGUCUUGUCUGCAAAAGUUAAAAAAUUGUGGAGAUUUGAUGAGAUUCUGAGAUUUUUGCUCCGUAAUAACAUACUUUUCCAUUACAGUUUGCGUUUACACAAUUUGCACCUAAAACGUGUUAACCGGUGCUUGAUGUCCCAAGUAUUCGACUCAGUUCUCUAAAUUCCGUUCAUUAUUUCGAGGCGAACAUUGUAAAGCUUCUUGUGUUCAUUUACUGUUUUUUAUUCAUUUCUUCUAUAAUUAUUGUGUUGAAAGUGUAAUAAAAUGACUGAAACUUCUUCAGACGAGCAAAUAUCUAAACGAAAGGACUUCAUAUGCGGUGUAGUCGAAGGCUUUUACGGGCGCCCGUGGACCACGGAGCAGAGGAAGGACUUGUUUCAGAAGCUCAAAAAAUGGGGUCUAGACAUGUAUGUUUACGCCCCAAAGGACGAUUACAAGCAUCGAGCGUACUGGCGCGAGCUCUACACUGUAGAGGAGGCGGAACAUCUCACUUCUCUGAUCACAGAGGCCAAGUCGCAUGGAAUAACGUUCUGCUACGCUCUGUCACCUGGGCUGGACAUUACUUACAGCAGCCAGAAGGAAAUAACAACUUUGAAGAGGAAAUUGGAACAGGUUUCCCAGUUUGGAUGCAUGUGCUUUGCGUUACUGUUUGAUGACAUAGAGCCGGAGAUGAGUGAAGCUGACAAGCAGAUAUUCCAGAGCUUUGCCCAUGCGCAGGUGUCAGUGACCAAUGAAAUCCACCAACACCUGGGCUGCCCCAAGUUCCUGCUGUGCCCCACUCAGUACUGUUCCACGCGAGCGGUGCCAACUGUCAUCAGUUCUGAAUACCUUAAUACCCUCGGGACAAAACUCUCCCAGGAGAUAGAUAUUAUGUGGACUGGACCCAAAGUAAUAUCGAAGACCUUAACAACGGAGUGCAUAGAGGAGAUAACUCAAGUGUUGCGUCGACCGCCGGUCAUUUGGGACAACUUGCAUGCCAAUGAUUAUGAUCAGAAGAGAAUUUUCUUGGGCCCGUACUGUGGACGUAAGCCGGAACUGAUACCAUUAUUGCGCGGCGUGCUCUCCAACCCGAACUGCGAAUACAACGCCAACAUGAUUCCGAUAUGGACGUUGGCGCAUUGGGCGAGGUGUAGUUUGAACGCGCCUCCACAUAUGGAAGCAGUGUCGUGGGAUAUCAAGAUGGAGCGGGAGAGUGAACAGGGCGUGUGCGAGGAUGACGUGCCGAUGUCUCUGGAAAAACAUGUCUACCACCAUAGACAAGCGCUCAGGCAAGCUAUCGACGAAUGGUUGCCAGAGUUCUCAUUACCGAAAGCUGCACAGGGGCCAGUCAUCAAACCGCAAACGCCGAUAACCGUGCCCGCAGUGCCCAUCAUCCCCAUCCUGCCGUCCGUCAACACGUGCAUGUCGCUGGUCACCGCCACCAGCUGCACCACCACCACCAGCACGGCGGAGCUCGCGCCCGCCAUCCCCACCGUCAACACCAGCCAGCUGCAGGCGCUGGCCGACGUGUGCUCCGCCACGCCGGACGGCCCCAUACUGUCCACUGGGUUUUUUCAGAUGCCCUCAAUAGAAACCUUCAACCCAUUACCGACGCCUGUUAUGAAUUCUCUAGUAUCGCCGACCAAAGUUAUCCUCAACGAGUCAAUACCCAACCCAAUAAUACCCAUUGCUAAUUCCAACAUGUCUCUACCCACUGAGAUACCGGUUUCCACUCUACCAGUACCGCUUAUGGGUUUAAAAGUCACCGAUCCAGAGAAUGGGGAGAAAAUUGAGACAGACCAACCUAUGGUGGAUAAAAUCGAUGGGAAUGAGACUGUGUUGAAUGACAGCGUUCUGGAGACGACCAGUUUCAUCGAAGAUAUGAAGAAGGACAAGGAAGAAGAUGACCACAUCAUAGUCGAUGACGUUGAACCUUCAUGUCAGUGUCCGUUGAUACAGCAGCAGAAUGGGGACAUGAGUGUUGGAGAUACACCACAAACACUGAGCCCGAAUCGGUCGGCGCCCGAGCCGCUGGACGUGGACCCACCGUCCAACGCUGCCACGGACUCUGACGUCAUUAUGCACGACCAGCUGAGCGAAAACGGAUCAAUGCAAGUGGAACCUAGCAACAGUCCGCUGAGUGCUGACAUGAUGGUCGAAUCCAUCGAGCCGUCCGAAGUUACUGACGAGGCUGUGGAAGGUACUUCUCUAGAUUCUGACGCGCUGACGGCGGACGAUCUUCUGUUGCUGUGUGAUCUCUUCUACCUGCCGUUCGAGCAUGGCUCGCGUGGUCUGAGGAUGAUGCACGACUUCCACUGGCUCACCACUCACGCCAGCAGCAUACUGCCCAGGGGGAGCAGGCCGGAGACGAGCGAGUGGCGGCGUCGCCUGCGCCGCUUCUCGUGGUGGGCGGGGCGCACGCGGCGGCUGGCGCGGCGCGUCGCGUGCGCGCCCAACAGAGAGCUGCACUCGGAGCUGCGCCCCUACCUGUGGGACCUGUGCGCCGUGCUGGCGCUCUUGCAGGCCUUCUUGCGGUGGCUCGAACUCGGCAAAUUCCCGCCCAGCAUAGCGACAUAUGCGCAAGGAAGUUACACAUGGUUCUCGAAAGGCUGGCGCGAGGCCUUCGAAAGCGGGGCCCAAGAGCCGUGGGUGUUCCGAGGAGGCCUCUCGGCGGACUUGCGGAGAUUGCUGCCCGUGGAGUGCAGCGGCGACGCCCUCAGGCCUCACUGUAUGCCCACGGGGCUCCCUCUCACCGUGAGGCCUUAUACACCGGCUGAUGAGGAAGCGGUAUGCACAAUAUGUCACAAGACAUGCAGAGAUGGCUCGGAUUGCAGCGAUCUGUUCCCAAGCGAUCUACAGACUUUGCCGGCCGAUAGAUUGGUGGUACCAUUCCUCACACUUACACCAGAGCUGUGCCUCGUCAUAGAGGACGACGGCAGCGGCGACGCGGACGCAGACGCGGAUGACGUGGACGCGGAAGACGCCGAACUGGACGCUGCGGACGUCAAGCCCAGCAAAAUCAGCGUUUCGUCCGUGAAAAAAGAAAUCGUCGGCUACGCGUGCGCAGCAUUGAAUAGUAAAGACUUCUACAAGAAGCAGGAGAUCGCGCUCAUACCAGAGAUGUGCAUCAAGUAUCCCAAGGAGUUGCUGGAGAGAGACGACCUCACGCCGGCUGCUAAGGAAUGUGUGGGCCAUUUCCACGAGUUCAACUCGCUUGAGCGCGCACCGGACAGCAUCGUGCGCUCCCACCCGGCGCUGCUCACGUGCUGCGUGCUGCCGGCGCGCUCCGACCCGCUGGCGCCGGCCAGGCUGCUGACGUGUCUGCUGGCCGCGCUGCGAGCUCACGGUACGGUCUAUACUGAUGUACUCGCUGCGGACAGCAUCGUGCGCACACCCGGCGCUGCUCACGUGCUGCGUGCUGCCGGCGCGCUCCGACCCGCUGGCGCCGGCCAGGCUGCUGACGUGUCUGCUGGCCGCGCUGCGAGCUCACGGUACGGUCUAUACUGAUGUACUCGCUGCGGACAGCAUCGUGCGCACACCCGGCGCUGCUCACGUGCUGCGUGCUGCCGGCGCGCUCCGACCCGCUGGCGCCGGCCAGGCUGCUGACGUGUCUGCUGGCCGCGCUGCGAGCUCACGGUACGGUCUAUACUGAUGUACUCGCUGCGGACAGCAUCGUGCGCGCACCCGGCGCUGCUCACGUGCUGCGUGCUGCCGGCGCGCUCCGACCCGCUGGCGCCGGCCAGGCUGCUGACGUGUCUGCUGGCCGCGCUGCGAGCUCACGGUACGGUCUAUACUGAUGUACUCGCUGCGGACAGCAUCGUGCGCACACCCGGCACUGCUCACGUGCUGCGUGCUGCCGGCGCGCUCCGACCCGCUGGCGCCGGCCAGGCUGCUGACGUGUCUGCUGGCCGCGCUGCGAGCUCACGGCGUGAACGGCGUGCACGCAUGCAUCAACGCAACGGACCACUACCUGCAACAGUUCUACAACAAGCUCGGCUUCGUCGAGGUCUCGCGCAUUGGCGGCCGAGUGUUCCUCGCUCGCGCCUUCUAGCGCCAGAGACAAGUGAGCGCGCCUCGCUUCCGGUACCCCGGCCUGGCGCAAGUGAGGUCUCUGUUCAUGUCCAUAGACAAGAGGCGUAGGAGACGACGACAAAACUGACUUGAUUUGGUACUAACCAUAAACAAAACGCGCAGUAAAUGUGAACAUUUUUGAUGUAAUCUUAAACAGGAGACGUCGAUUUAAAUAAGCAUUUUCCGUCUAUAAAUAAACAAGAGUUACAGAAGACGUUGAAUGACUAUUUUUGGUCUUAGUUGACAUAGAAUGUUAGAUACCUCUGCCUCGAGAAUUUGAAGAUUUUGUCUCUCCAUAGACAAGAGGCACAGAAGACGUUGUCAAAAAUAAGUAUAAGUACUUAUAAAAUAAGUAUAUUUAACUUUUAUAUUUAUAGUUAGAUACAUUUAAUUUUUAGAUCUUGAAAUUUUUGGUCUGUAAAUAAACAAAAUUUUGAGCAUUUAUUAUGUAUUCAUAUAAGCAAAGACGUAGGAGACAAACAUUUUUGUCAAUCCAUAGACUUUAUUUUUAUUUACUUCAAAAUGUUGCCCGUUUCAAGUUUUAUUUUGUAUUAUCAGUAACCAGUCAUUUAAACAUGACAAUUAUCUUCCAUUAAUAACUGUAUCUUUUAUAUCAUAUAUAGUAUGAAUUAAAACAUCCUCGACAAUGUUUUUGAACAGCUAAAAUACUUUAUUAUCUAUAAACCAUAGUUUAAACUAGUUUUUUUUAUACUAUUAUAAUAAUAAUAAUUAAAACAUUGUCUAUAUCAAAUUAUAGUUUCAUAAAAGCACUUAGCAUUUACAUUUUACCUCUUUCACACACAUUCUAUACAAACUGGAAAAUAAUUGUAAAUGUAAUGUAAAGUAUUCUAUUGACUAAACUUGAAUAUUUAAUAUAUAAUUAAGUAUUAGGAUGUGUUUCCACAUAAGCGAAGCGAACAUUCGCUAAUGAUUGGUCUAUUUGUGAACCAAUCACCAAUCACAUUGCCAGAUCUGUCAAAAGUGUUAUUGGUGAUUGGUCUAUUAGCUUUUGAGAUUGGUACAGACAUCAGUAUUUGCGUGAAUUGUUUGAAAAAUGGGUACAUGAUAUUAUAGGCUUACCACGUGACUUUAAGCUCUUAUUCGCACGAGAGUUUUUUUAACGGACGUUAAAAAAGCGUUCAUAUAUGUUAAUAUAUAUGAACAAGUAUAUGUUCACACGACAGCGUGUUUAAAACACUGUACUUUUUCAAGCAGUGUUGCAUUUUCAAUUUUGGGCGUUGUAAAUAGACCUUCAUUUAACUUCAUACUGUAAUUAAACGCUUUUUUAACUUUAAAAAAACUCUCGUGCGUAUGAGGGCUUAGUGUUGAAAAAGACAAACCACAUAACUUUAUAGUGUUUUUUAGAUGUUCUUUGCACGCCUUGCAAAAAGUUACUCUGAUUAAAGGGCUAUUUCUUAUAUCUUAAAAUACUGAGACCUCUAACAGAAGACUCUACUUUAUGUGGUUAUUCUAUAGAGUGUUGUCAAUAUGUUAUAUAUUAAUGUCUAUUGAGAAUUAUAUAUAAUUUAAGUAUAUCAUUGUUAUUUAAAAUUAUGUGAAUUUGAGCAGUUUAAAAAAUAGGAAGGAGAAUUUUAAUUUGGCUGUAUUUUUAAUUGUCAAGAUAUUUAUAUUAUUGCGUUUAUCCUCCGAAUACGAUCAGAUAUAGAACUGAGGGCACAGUUAAGAUUAUUUUUUAUGUAUUGGAUAUGGGAUAUAUUCGUAUUGACUUUUGACGACCUCGGUGGCGAAUUCCUGGGUUCGAUCCCCGGCUGAGCCGAUUGAAGGCCGAAAGCCGGUUCUUAAAUGGUUCAGGUCUUCAGGUUACCGUACCGUUCCGGUACGAUGUCGUGUAGAAACCGAAAGGGGUGUGCAUUUUCAUCCUCCUCCUAACAAAUUAGCCCGCUUCCAUCUUAGAUUGCAUCAUCACUUACCAUCAGAUGAGAUUGUAGUCAAGGGCUAACUUGUAAAGAAUAAAACAAAAUCUUUUGUAGGACGGUCUUGGGCCUCUUGCAAAUAGUUGCUUAUAAAUUGAUUGUUGUUAGAUCAACCCAACCAACGGUGCGUUUUCUUGUCCCAACUGGGUUGUUAUUUUCGAAUAAACAUGCCCCAUAUUAAAUGACUCUUUUGGGCAAAACCCUUUGUCUAAAAAACCCGCUGAUUUAUAUGCGGUUUCGCCCGACAAGAUGUCAGGAAUCUAUUUACGGUGAGUUGUUUUGUAGUUCAUCUACGAACAGAAAAGAAAGAAAAGAAAGAACAGCAAGAAAGAAAUUGAAAGAACCUUAAAAACACUUUUAAGGUUCUUUCAACGGUGCUAUAUCUUGUUGGGAUUUAUAUACAUCUUUGACCUAACUCCUCUCACUCUGUGAUCAGACUCAAGCUCAGCAGUGAGCCGAACAUGGGUUGAUAAUGAUAAUAUACAUUACUGUAUAUUAAUUUUUAUAUGUAUGCAAUGAAAAUCAUGUACUCAAUUGGACCUAGUCAUGUCGAGGGUAAGCGAAGACUGAGUAAAGAUAGAACAUGUGUGAUAAGAUGUGGUGAUGCAUGAAUAUUAGUAUAUACUGCCUUUACUUUCUCGUCUUUAUUAUUACAUUAUGUCUUAUAGUACGAGAGCCGGCAUAAGAAAUAUAUACCCUCAUCUGUUAUUUCAUUGGGAUAAGAAAUAAAUGAUGGAAAAUAUUCACAUUGACACAUUGCAAAUAGGUUGUAGUUAAAUUGCAGCCAAACAAUAUUAAAUUAUUAUGAUUGUUUUAAACUAUUUAAUCUCUUACCUCGUUGGUUAAUUCAAAAAUCGUACACUAGUUAAUAGAAUAUAACCAAAAGAAUUGAAAAAGUAAAGGUUGUCUGCUUUCACACUGCAACUGUGAAACUGUGGGUCGCCAGAUAUAAACAAUUAAUUAAUGUUAUAUGAAUGUAAUGAAAGCUUAUUUCAUGCGUAAUUAACUGUGUUACUGUACUGUCUUUGAUCAUGGUUUCCUAGAUUUUGUAUGAAAAAUGUGUUUGGCUGCAAUUUAACUAGGCAACCUAUUUGCAAUGUGUCACUUUGAACAUUAUCGUUUAUUUCAUAGCACUAAUGAAUAACAGAUGAGGGUAUAUAUUUCUGAUGCCGGGUCUUAGACCAUUGUAAGUAUUUUAAUAUAUAAGUAGUAUAUUGUCGUACCAGUUUCGUUAUAUUUUAUAUCCUAAAUGAUUUUUAUGUAGUCUUCAUGUGACAAAUAUGAACUCCUCUCCUAAACUUCAACUUAAACCCAUCCGAGGAGCAAUUAAACCUUUAAAUAGUAAAAAAAAUCAUAGAUCAUACCUACUUUGAAAUAUAUAUGAAAUUAAUUUAUGUAAAAUUAGAAAAAAAUGCAAUAUAAAUAAGUCUAAAUUAUAAAUAAGUACCUAGAUUCACUUUUUUAAGUCAUGUAAAAAUAAGGCAAAUUUUCGUUCAGUAAACUAAUAUUGUAAAAAUUCAUUAUUUUCAAUAACUUUCACAUGCUUUAUUUUUAAUAAAGCAUGUGAAAGUUAGGAAACCAGUAGUUAAACAUACAAGUAUGUAUGUCGUCUUAUUAGGUAAAAUAAAUAAAAUUAUUAAAUAAAUUCCGCAAAUCAAUGCUUGCUUAUAUCAACUUGUUUUGUUUAUAUUAUAGUGUCGUCCUAUUAUUCCUAGAGUUGGUCGACAUUUGGGAAGGUAGGCAUUUGAUUUAUUACACAAAAAUAUCAACCAGUUCCCGAGCAAAGUGCAAAGAAGGGUAGCGUGAUUAUUUUGCUAGUAUAGAUACAGGCAAAGAUUUCACUAAACUCCGGUCGCUCAGAGUUUGCUGUUCUGACAGGUCGUGAUCGAAUGGGCGAUGUAACUUAAAACUGGCGUACAAGGUCGUUGAACUGCGCUGUUUCAAGGUUAUGUCAACUUUAUCUUUGUAGUGAUGAGAAAAAAACGAGGUGGCAACUGAAUGCGACGUGACGGAUAGCAGCGACAGUGAUUGUACCAGGAAAUUGACUUGGACUUGUGACCUUGAGAGUAGGCUUAAGGGAUCCCUUCCGACUAGCCAACACUCACCUUCCCUGCCCGACAUGGUAUCCAGGCCUACACUAAACAAUUUAUGACAACACAAAACAUUGUCGCACAAAAUCACUAACGCGACUGGCAGCGUGACGGCGUCUACGCUGCCUAACAAACAACUGAGCUCAAGUUAUCAAAUAUCCUCUUAUUUAUACCAACACAGAUACCUCCCCUCUACAAUAACCUAAAUAAUGAAUCCUGUAACAUGAAUAUGUUUGUCCCGUUCGUACACGACCUGUCAAAAACGCAAUCUCUGAGCGGCCGGAUAUUAGUGCUAGUGGUGACUUAUAUGUACAUAAGUAUGUAUAUUUUUAAUCUAUAAUGUGAUUAUUAUUCUAUUUGUAUAAAAUAUACGCAACAUACUCAUGCGAAUGUGUGGGUGUAUGUAUGCUUGUAAAUAUGUAUGCGAUUUUGGUUUGUAACAUUCGGUUCAUAAAUGAAAUCAGUUAAAAAUGUAUGUAACAAGUAAAUAUAUACAAAUAUGUGUUCCCUAUAGUAAUCCACUUUUAUAAUUGUGCUAUCAAAAAAAAAUAAAAAAUAAGAAUCAUUUGCGAAAAAAAUCAUCACUUCAGCUUCUGUUUUGUACUUUUGUGUGUUUCAGUAAAUCCGUACAUGGAUUCUGAACAUUGAACUUAAUUAAACCUGGUAUAUUUGUCGCAUGUCAGAAUAUACCCCAAAAUUUUUCGAAAAAUAAGAGAAAUAAAGCAUUUUCGAUAGUUAUGUUCAUAAAUGCCUAUGUGUAUUGUUUAUAUUAUUAUAACUGAAAAAAAUAAUUUGUUCUGUAUUAAUCCACUAAUUCAUAAAGCCUGUAUAUUUAUAUUCUUAUGACUGAGAUAUUAUGUUUUGCUUCUUUAUAAGCUAUAUUUUUUGUUCAAAAAUUUACUUUUGUAGGGUAGAUAGAGAAAAAUAUCUGUUAUUAUUUAUAUUGUGCUUAUCAUGUAUCAUUUUAAGAGCUAACGCAGACUGAAAAGUUUAUAGUAUGUAAUGUCAUAGCAUCACGCAGACUAGGACAAGAGAUACUUAUUAUAGACCAAUAGCGGCGGUAUCGAAUAUAUUGCUCUCUUGUUUGUUGCGAUGGAACGAAAGAGAGAGCGAUAUUUUGGAUUUCGCUGCUAUUUGUCGACAAAGUCAGUCUAUAGUCUGGCAAGUUCGUUGAUGACACUCUCAUGAUAUGCGGGUGACGGGGGGAAAGACUGCGCAGGUGCGCGGUAUCAGUCGUGGGUUUUUCAUUCAUCGCUACACGCCUUCGGGAGUGUUACGAACGAAGUUGCCAAGUCAUGAGAUAGGAUGCUAACGCAUAAUUUGUGAACUAUUUCUGAACGUGGGCUCUUAGGCAGCUAAAUAGUCUUAUUAAGUUCUCUUAGAAUUACUAAUAGUUAUAUGGAAAACUUAUUGAAAACAAUUUAUUAUAAUACAUGCUUGUAACAUAAAAUAGAUUUAGACAUUUUGUAUUCUGCUAUUUGAGUUAAUUAUUAUUUAGUUUUCGGAUAUUGCACUUAUAAGGCGCUAGACACAUUUGCUGUUAAUUUAAAUGACUUCUGCUAAUACUUGUGCUAAUAUAGUGUCUAGUUGUGAGAAUAGUAACAAAUAAUUGAGUUAGGGAGCGUUCAUAAAUUACGUGAGGUGUUUUUUCGAUAUUUCUGACCCUCCUCCCCACCUUGGUAAGAUGUCGUGAGAUUUUUUUCAACCCCCUCCCCCAUCCCCCAAUCUCACGUGAGAUUUUUCAAAUUGUGGGUUUCUUACGUAAAUGUGUUAGAUUAUUAUUGUAAAAAGAAAAGAAAAUUUGCUUCGUGUUUUUAUUUACGACUAGUUAAGACUAGUAAUCAAUAUUGCUAAGAGUUUAAUUAUAAGUAUAAUAAAAAAUAUAUAUUUUUUACAUUUUUUUUCAUGAGGGAUGGUGAUUGGACAGUCAGUAAAUGUAUAACGUCGAGGUAUAAAUGAAAUUAUUUUUUUAGAACGAAUUAGGAAAUGAUCUUAAUCGUAUUACGAUUACGCUUAAGAUUAAAUCUUAAGCAUGUACAAUCUGGAUUAAAUUGACCAAAAUAGUAUAUUUUUUUUUUUGUUUCAUUCAGAAAAAAAAUUACGUGAUAUUUGCCGAGACCCCCCCUCCCUCCAACGUAAGAUUAGAUGAGAUUUGACUCGACCCCCUCCCCCCCUAAAACAUCUCACGUAAUUUAUGAACGCCCCCUUAUAGAUCUCUCGAAACUAUUUCGCCGCUAAGAUAAGACUAUAAUUUUUUUAGCCUGGAAUUCAUUUAUUCAUCGUUUACAUUAUCUAAAACUAAAGUAAAAGACUUUAAUUGUUCAUCAUUGUCAUUAUAAGGGCCCACUAGGCCGUAUAUACUAUAGGGGAGAGGAUAUGGAACUUAGACACACCACGUUGCUCCAAAGGGGUUUGGUGGGUUUAGUGACUAUAUUUUACUUAUUGUUAAUGAUAAUGACCGUGACAAACGGCUUAUGGUCCGUUUAUUUCUACAGACACAGUGCGUCGCAGACAAGUAGCGUGGCAGACACCCACAGACACCGUAAGAACUAUUCGCCUCUAUAAGUGCGGUCAAGUAGUUUCGCAAGAUCCAUACACUGGGAGAGAUUUGACAGUUUAAAAUAGAGCUGUCUUUUUCACAUUGUUCUCAAUAGAAAAGGAUAGGACUAUGUUUUCGAACUUAGUUUACAAGAUUAUUGUAACCGUCGCUUUUGUUUAUGUUAUUUAUGUUAUAUUUAUGUAAACAGUUUUUAUUAUUUGGUGCCGGCCAUCUCGAUGAUGAAUCAACAAUAAAGUUUAUUAAAAUGUAAUAA